AUGGACGUUCCUAUUGGUGAUAUUGCCACAUGCGACGGUGAUAGGGUCCCAUUUACCCUGUCAAAGCAGAGUGCCUGCUGUUUUCCGCCUAUCCAAACCAAGCCCACCCCACCCGACAUGGGAUCGUUGGUGUAUCUUCCUCCAUCUCUUGAACCUUAUUCAGGACAAGUUGAUUUCAGUGCGACUCACCAAGCGCAUUGGACACAUAUCCCACAACCAGACAUAUCCCCUUCGGUGAGCUGUACGUUUACAGCUUCUCCUCAGUGCGAAUCCAUCUCAACGGACUACACUCACCUGGUUGAUGAGCCGGGAAAUGGGUUCCCCCUGUACUACACCUAUUUUUGUUUCGGGAUGGGCUCCAAAUACCACACGAACACCAGUGAAGACAAUGUAGCUAGAGAUAUCGGUAUCCUCAAUUCUCAAUUCUCGACAUGCAACCAUUACACCGGGGAAACUCUGCAAAGUACUACCACUGACGAGCUUUUUGGCCAAUCAUCUUUCAUGGACAAUGCCCCCCCAACAAUAUCAUAUCCCGCAGCUUCGGAACUACCUGAGACACCUAUUCUUAUCUCAGGGAACGAUGGUUUCGAUGCAAGUUACCAACCCUAUACUUCCUUCGUUUCAGGAAUACAACAGCAACCUCUUGAUUUUCGACAGCAGGAGUUUCGUGCUGUUGGUUCCCCCGCCAUUACCCAGGCUGCACGAAAGCGUCGCGCGAGACAAGCUGUGUAUCAGUGUGGAUUAUGCAAUUCCACAUUUACUGCUCGCCAUAACCUGAAGAAUCAUAUUGACGCCCAUACGGGCUUGAAGCGGCAUACCUGCCACAAAUGCGGACGAGGCUUUGUCCAGAAACACGUCCUCACAAGGCAUAAAAAGACGCUUUGCAAGUAG